AUGUCGGACGUCAGAUCGGAUUCGGGGCUGGGCCUUCGUUUUCUCGAUCUGAACGACAAUGAAGACGACAACAGCCCAUGCAAAGGCCUGCGUCGCAUGAGGAGUCAUCCCAGCAAACCGACUCCUGUGACGCCGCUCGCCUCGUCGCCCCGAGCUUCAACGCCCUCUCUCCCUUCGCCCAUGAGCUCCCGGGUCGGCUUCUCACCUCUGUCACCGCCUCCCCGCCAACACUUUUCAGCACCUGGUCAACAGUUCUCGACCCCCGCGGCUAAGAGCCCUCUGGCGCGCUCGUGGACCGAAGACGACCUUACUGAAUCAGCUCAUUCCAACGACAACACGAAUGAGAACACCCGAGACACCCUCGGUCUCAUUCAGCGACUCAAUGACUUGACCCAGAAGCUGCUUGCGGGUGAAGGUGUCCCCGACACCAGUGUUAGCGCCCUGCACGGAAAACUCGAUGAGCUAGAGUCGGUUCUGGCGGGAGAGCCGCCUCAAGCAACACCUCAAGGCAAACCAAAAACGUGGCCGCCCAUGGACGCUCAGAGUGUCGAGCACGAGUCCUUGUGGACCUCACCCUCUCACUCGUGGUUCCGAUCCGGUCUGUCAGAGAUAUCACCAUCGUUCCGGAGCUCGUUCAGACGGGACACGCCCUCGCCCGAGCCAACCGUCGAGAAGAAGCCCGCCGUCGACACUUUCCGCAUCGCUUCCGAAGCAGCGAAGCUCAACUCGGAAUUGGAAACCCUUGUCACGAAUCUCAAGGCCCGCCAGGAGGAAUCAGAGAACGCGCGGCACAAAGAAUCAUUUUUCUCCAAGGACGAGGAGGAGGAAUUACAAGAAAACGACUCUGAACUCACCUAUCUCCGCCUCGGCCUCAAGGCCAUAGAAGUGCAAUGCCCAACCGAAAUGGACCCCGACCUAGCCCAAAGCAUCAACAACUGGAAGACCGACUGGUCCGACCUCAAACGAAAACGCUCCAAGCACAAGAGCUUCGACCGCUCCGCUUAUAGCACCCCCGUAGGCACGCCGUUGCGGCGGUGA